GGCGGCGCUGGUGAUUGACGGGCGGGGGCGGGGAAGGCGCCGCCAUUUUCCUCUGUUAUGGAGUCGGGCGGACGGAGCGGACGAUAGUGAGCGGGGCUUCGUCUCCCACCCUGAGUCUCCCGGCUUGUCGUUCUGGUCAUGAGCCUGAUCUCUGGUGUGAAGGACAACUCUGACCGUCUGUGUACUCCAGCGACUGCACCCUAAGGAUUGUUGUGCAGGAUCUUCUGCCUCAAGAUGCCUGCAGGCGUGUACUAUUCCAUGCCCUACUGUGCCAUCUUCAUCCUGCCAAUCCUCAUCAUGGAUGUUCCAGCUCUGGAGGGCUAUGUGUACGCGUACACCAACAGCACGCCCAACACCACCAUGAUCUUCGAAGACCUGCCAUCAAUGUUUGGCUACCAAUUGCAAAGGGAUGGAUUACCGGGUUACUUGGUGUUUGCAAAGCCUGAGAAUGCGUGUGUGCCCAUCGCUCCGCCUCCCUCAAACACCAGCCUGAUGGACUUCAUCGUUGUGAUUCGCCGAUAUGGAUGCAACUUUGAUGUCAAGGUUCUGCAGGCGCAGCUGGCCGGCUACAAGGCUGCAAUCGUGCACAACGUCGACUCGGACCAACUGCUCAGCAUGCGCUGGAGUAACGACGAAAUCAGACGUCAGAUCACAAUCCCGUCCGUGUUCAUAGGGACCCAUGCCUCCCAGUUAAUGAAGUCUUUGUUCACUUAUGAUAAGGGUGCCUACGUUAUCCUGAUCCCGGACUUCAGCUUCCCACUGGGAUAUUACCUCAUUCCGUUUACUGGCGUGGUUGGGAUUGUGAUUAUUGUCAUGAUCAUUGUCAUGAUCGUCAGAUGUGUGCAGUAUCGCAGGAGGAUCCGGAGAAAUCGACUCUCCAAGGACCAGCUCAAGAAACUCCCAGUCCAUAAAUUCAGCAAAGGAGAUGCCUAUGACGUGUGUGCCAUCUGUCUAGACGAGUAUGAGGAGGGCGACAGGCUGCGGGUCCUGCCUUGCUCGCACGCGUACCACUGUAAGUGUGUGGACACGUGGCUGACACAGACACACAAGACGUGCCCAGUGUGUAAGCAGAGGGUCCUGCGUUCUGCGGCCGACUCAGACUCUGAGACAGAGACGGCAGGAGAGGAGAACGAUGAGAGAGAAUCUGAACGCACGCCCCUUCUGCAGGCCUCCUCGUCCUCAGGCCCACACUCCUUUGGCACCAUUGGCUUGCCGCAUCACGGCACCCAGGGUCUGUCGCAGUCCGGCAGCUCGUGUGGCUGCACGGGGGCUACCACCGGCGGCAGCCCGGCACCAGAGAACAACAGCACGUCAUCGGGCUCCGACUCUGGCCUCUCGUCUGCCCAUGUUUACACCGUUUAAACAGCCCUCACCCUUGCCCCGUGACACUACACGGCAGCUGCCUGCCAUCUAACUGUUGUUUCCAGCUCCUUCUAAAAGAAAUACAUGUGUGUGUAUAUUGUUGGUGCGCUGCCCUUUAACCUGGAGUUAGUCGCCCCCCACCCCCACCCCCUCCUCAAUGCCAACACCACAAAAGCCCCCACCCUAGUGGCAAACGGACAUGGGGUGGGAGGGGAGCCAGCACCACCAUUCAAUGUGAUCACGGCUGAUCAUCCCCAAUCAGUUCCCCGUUCCUGCUUUCUCCCCCAUAUCCCCUGAUUCCUUUAGCCCCAAGAGAUAAAUCU